AUGCAGUUCACCAAGACCACCGUUGCCGUACAGGCUCUUCUUCUCGCCGUGCUUGUUGCCGGUACCCAGGCUCAGAUCCUCAGCGACCUGACCUCGGCCGUUGGCGGUCCCGUCACCUCGGUCUUUGGCGACAUCACUUCGGGCGGCAGCUCCGUGUUCGGCGACAUUACUUCGGGCGCCGCUAGCGUCUUCACCAGCCUCACCUCGGAGGUGAACAGUGCCGCUUCUUCGGCCACCUCUGCUGCUCCCUCGGCUGCUUCGUCCAUCACUUCGGCUGCCAGCUCGAUCACUUCGAGCGCCGGCAGCGCCGCCUCGUCCGCAACCUCCCGUGCAAGCAGCGCCGCCACCAGCGGUGCUAGCAAUGGCGCCAUGAUGCAGGCCGGCGUGCCCAUGGGCGCUAUGGUCGCCGUAGGCACCGUCCUCUUCGGCGCUAUCGCCGGCUCCCUCGUCCUCUAA